AGAACAUCAUAUAAAGCUUCAGAAUGAUUAACGUUAUUACAGGUCCAAACAACUGGAAUAAUAUAUUAUCUCCAAAAUCCAAGAGUCACUGGAACAAGUGACUAAAAUAGAGAAAGCCACUGAGGUGCCUACACAGACAUCAUCAAUCAUGUUGAAUACCGUGGACCAGAUUGGAAUCUGGCUCUUAACUGGCUUUCUAGCCAUUCUUACAAUCUUUUCCAAUAUCUAUAUCUUACUGGUGAACCAGCGAAAUGCCAGAAAGAACCAUCUACAUCUGUGUCCAGGUGACACUAUAAUGACUGGUAUAUCCAUGGCUAGUAUCGGUCAUCAAGUCCUCUCUUACUUGUGGAUGACGCUGGUUCAAGUGGACAUAAAUUGUAUGUCUGACACUGUGGAAACCAUUCUACUGGUGUUAGUUUUCUCCCUGAAGUUCUCAAUAAUGUGGACCACUGCCUUCCUUACCUUCUUUUAUAGCACCAAGCUUGUGAUCAAGCCUAUCCACUGCUACACACGCAUUCAGGAGGCUAUUCUAAAGCAUGUUCUCACUGUGGUGAUUGUAAUUUUUGUAUGUGGCUUUAGCAAUUGUCUGCCACUUUUAACUAUUGUGACAUUUCACAACAGUAGUGCUGGAACCACUGACUGUGGUUCAAUCAUACCAGAAGGGGCUGUGGGACUUGGCUAUAUUAUUUAUCUUGUAGUCAGUGCGGACAUUGUUCCGGGUAUACUGAUGAUCAAAUGCAGUAUCUCCAUCUCAUAUCACCUUUCUAUCCAUCUACGCCACAUGAAGGAAAGCACCAAUGGCACCCAUGCUCCCAAGCUGGGAACUCAAAUGAGGGUGAUCAGGAUGAACCUGACCUUGGUGGCGGUGUUCCUUUGCUUUCUGGUUGUAGAUCUUUAUACUCAGUCCACAGUAGUCUUGAAAAGUGAAAACACCAUGGGCUUAUCCAUCCUUUUCUCCACACUUUACACUACAGUCAGUGGAUUUGUGCUGAUCUAUGGAAAGAAGAGCUUCUGGAAAGAGUUUCUUCACUGGUAUAACCUCUUUUUAGAUGAGUACUCUUGUUUAAGCUGUAUGAAAGUACCAGAGAGUAAGACUGUAACGCACACAGCUCCAAAGCACUGACUGUAGUCUAACAUAUUGGCUGUAGCACUAUAUCUGGGUUGUGUAGCACACUAUUGGACAUAUUCAGUAAUUCACUUUAUUAUACUUGAAAAAGUCAUAUAAUUCCUAAUAGGUAUCCUAUGUAUUCCCGUGCAUUUUUUGGAUAAAGAAGAAAAACCUGCUACAAUUCACAGAAAAAAAAUUGCACAUGUAUUGUAUACAGGCUGAACUUAUUUUUUCUUUGUAUUGUUCAAUUGAUUACAUUACUGUGUCUUGUCUGUCUUGCCUAUUGAAGCACAAAAAAAAUCAGCAUUUUCCCCCCAAUAGCUUCCCCAAAACUUUUGAGAAUCACAGAGACUCAGUCUUUGUUGUAUUUCGCAACAUAUUUAUUUAAUGUGUAUCUUCCCAAAACAGACCAUGUGUUUAAUGAUUGAUAUAUCCUAAUUAUAGGCAGGAAUAUGUAUUGCAGAAUACUAUAUAGAAACUAUCUAGAAACCGGGCCUUAUAACUUUCCUGGAUGUAGAUGGAGCUUUGAUGAGCCAAGCAAAACAUUGACAUACACAAGGACAACAACAUGGUUUAAAAAAAAGAAAGAAAGAAAGAAAGAAAAAAUCAAUAUCCAGGGCUCAUGUCUCAAAUUAUUAAUUGUGAGGGUGUUUAUGGAAAAAAACACUUUUGUUUGAAAAAGAAAAAAAGUUUAAAUACAACUAUAAAAUAUGUAACUAGUGAUUAAAAUGUUCACACUAUUCAUUGUGCUUAGCAUGCUUAUGUUACACAGCUUCCAAGCGGCUAUGCCUUGUAAGAACAGAGUGUUAGUAUUCAGAUUUGAUAACCCUUUGCAAUACUGUUCAGUGAAUAUAAAAGAGAGGUGAAUAUAAAAUGCUAAAGUAAAUGAUAAAAUUAAGACAUUGACUUCUCAUGAUUUUCUUUGUUUAAAAAUACCUUAUUAUUAUUAUUAUUAUUAUUAUUAUUAUUAUUAUUAUUAUUAUUAUUAUUAUAUUGUCUUAAGUAAUUAGAAUGUAACUUUUACAUUAAUUUGUCAGCCUUGCUUUGUACCAGUAUAACAGCUCAAAGUUGUUGUGAAUCACUUACCAAUGUUGUUUGUAUUUUAACUAUAAUAUAUUUUAUAUUUUAUAUUUUAUAUGUAUUUUAACUAUAUGGAUAUGUAAAUAAUAAAGUGAAACUCAUUACUAAUGACUAAAGUGUUACUGUAUUGUUCGUCAGUAGUUAAUGAUCUGGAACAGUAUUGUAAAGUGAAACACAUGGAAUCGCACUACUAAUGACUGAAGUAUUACUGUGUUCUUCAGUAUUUAAUGAUGAUCUGGAAGUAUUACACCUGAUAGUUCAUUCCUAAUUACUGAGAUGUUAGUGUUUUGUUACUGAAAGGUAAAUUAUUUAAAACACUUUUG